UGCAGGAACACGUGUACGGCACCGCCCCUCCCCUCCAGUCUCGCCCUACACACCCAGAUGACGAGAAGCGGCCGCUCAUUACACAACUUUACAGCAACAGAGCGAAAGCGUGGAGGCUGCAGUUAUCACGGUAUUUUUAGAUUCUUAUCGCCUUCAGAAAGUGAAAAAACAAAAAAACAAUGUCCUAUACAAAAUUCGUGGCAUCACUUGUUCGGGCAUCCUCGGGAAAUGUCAGUAAAAUGCGCGUUUCACCUGCAAGAUGUCGGUCAACCGUCGCAUCUCCCAGGAGCCAGGAAGAGAAGAAGCAGGAGCAGAUGGACGGGUGCCCUGUGGUCCAAGCUGAGCCGGUUGAACUUAUCAGUCAGACCAAGAACGCCACAGAUGUCCACCUGAACAAAAUUCACAUCGACUUCGACAACACGGAGGAAGCCUACAAAAGCAAGCGUAGCGUUGAGCUCCUACGGAGCUUGCUCGUCUUCAACCUGUGCGCUGUCGAUUUCCUCGUUGAGAAGAACAAAGAGCUGAUGGAGCUGAGCAAGAAGCUGCUGGGUCAGCGGGGGUUUGAGAAGCUGAUGAAGAUGACCUUCUACGGUCAGUUUGUGGCAGGUGAAGACCACAACUCUAUUAAACCCUUAAUUCACAAGAACCAGGCGUUCGGUGUGGGGGCAGUUCUGGACUACAGUGUGGAAGAGGACUUGACACGAGAGGAGGCAGAAAAGAAGGAAAUGGAUUCCUGUGUUUCUGAAGCAGAGAAAGAAAGUCCAGACACUGAUCAUCGUGAGAAGAAAUACAAGGCUCAUCGUCAGUUUGGGGACAGACGUGGGGGGGUCAUCAGUGCUCGCACCUACUUCUACGCAGACGAGGCGAAAUGUGACAAUCAAAUGGAGACGUUCAUAAACUGCAUUAAAGCCUCGGGUGGAGCCUCAUCCGAUGGAUUUUCUGCCAUAAAAAUGACGGCACUCGGACGUCCUCAGUUUCUCCUCCAGUUUUCCGAGGUCCUGGUUAAAUGGAGACAGUUCUUUCACUUCCUCGCAGCACAACAAGGAAAAUCCGACAUGACAGUUCUGGAAAAGAAGCUGGAGCUGGAGCAGCUUAAGGAAAGCUUGGCUCAUAUGGGAGUUGGAGCUAAAGAUGACAUCGAGAACUGGUUUACUGGGGAGAAGUUGGGUUUAUCUGGAACGAUCGAUCUUUUGGACUGGAACAGCUUGAUUAACGACACAACAAAAAUCUCCAAUCUGCUCAUGAUGCCAAACCUUGAGACAGGGCAGCUGGAACCUCUGCUGAGCAAAUUUACAGCUGAGGAGGAGAGCCAGAUGAAGAGAAUGCUACAGAGAAUGGACAUUCUGGCAAAGCAUGCUCUGGAGAAUGGUGUCAGGCUGAUGGUUGAUGCUGAGCAGACGUAUUUCCAACCAGCUAUCAGCAGACUGACCCUGGAAAUGCAGAGGAAGUUCAACAGAGAGAAGCCGGUGAUUUUCAACACUUACCAGUGCUAUCUGAAGGAAGCCUAUGACAACAUAACCCUGGACGUCGAGCUGUCUCGCCGGGAAGGCUGGUACUUCGGUGCCAAACUCGUCCGAGGGGCUUACAUGUACCAGGAGAGAGCCAGGGCAGAGGAGAUUGGCUAUGAAGACCCUAUAAACCCCGACUAUGAAGCCACUAACAGGAUGUAUCACAAAUGUUUGGAGUAUGUGCUGGAAGAGAUAGAACACAGCAGGAAGGCAAAUAUUAUGGUCGCAACUCACAACGAGGACACAGUGAAGUUCACCCUUAAGAAGAUGAACGAAAUGGACCUGUCCCCCACCGAGAACAAAGUUUACUUUGGACAGUUGCUGGGCAUGUGUGACCAGAUCAGCUUCCCACUAGGUCAGGCAGGUUUUCCAGUUUACAAGUACGUUCCCUACGGCCCCGUCAAUGAGGUCAUCCCCUACCUGUCGCGGCGCGCUCAGGAGAACCGUGGCUUCAUGAAAGGCUCGCAGAGAGAGCGCAGCCUGCUGUGGAAGGAGCUGAGGCGCAGGUUUCUGGGUGGUCAGAUUUUCUACAAACCCGUCUACUGAGCAACCAAAUCCCAGCAUACUGAUUAAAGUUUGUUUGCAUCCAUUCCACUAUCCACAGUGUGCUACUAUCUGCUAGUUCUUCUGUGCUGUGGAAGGAUAAAGACUUUCGUUAGAGCUGCUAAACUACAUGAAAGAGCUGGAAUCAUAUUUCACUUUAAAGUAUUUCAAGCCUUUAGAAGAGAUUUCUUUUGCUUUUAGAAAUUGGUGGGUUAAAGAGACGGUUAAGGCUUUGCAGCAUUGUUCAGUUUGCUCCAACAGGAGACAAUCAUUGUUACUUCCUGUUCUGUCCAUUAUUGGUUUAAUUAACUUGGGAUUAAACAUCAUAAUCAUAAUCCUCAAUCAAAUCCAUGAAAAUAAAAGGAAAAAAUAACAAAACACCUUGAGCCUAUACCCCAAUUAGUUUUGCAAAAUGCACAAAAAAAAUCUUCUAUGAGGAUUAUAACGGACUGUUUACGCCUCAUGACGCUGAUAUUUUCAGUUAAUGGGAAAAGAAUGAAUGACGAGUAUUUUGUGUAUAUUUGGAUGAAAACAUGGUCUUUCUUGCACAUAACUUAAAAUGAAGCACUUGUUUUAUUAUUCUCAAGUAGCUGUCAUUUAAAAGUGCCUUACAUUUGUAAAUAAGAUCAUCUGGAGGUGAUUAAACUUUUUCUGACCUAGUUGUAUUUUUUUAUUAUAGACCACUCCAAGAAGCCUUCAGUUUGUUGAUUUUUGUAUGUUUAUUGCUGAUAUUAUCAUUUAUUUCAAGAGCAAAUUAUGUAGUUGAUAUUUUUGUUGUGUGGUAAAAGUAUUCAAAUGGAAAAGGGUGAGAUCUACAUUUGUGUGUUUAGCUUUAAAUUGUGGUUUUAGUUAUUUUGUGUGCAUUUUCUGUUUUGAUGACAAAAUGCUCAGAGUGACUCAGUGUGAUUCUGUCACAGUUCAGAGGCCAAUAGUUUCCAGGUGGUCCUACCUUCACGUUUCUGUGAAGCGUCGGAGCGUUUCAUGCUGUCGAACAAAAGCAGCGCUUCGAAGAGUUAAAAGGAAAUUUAAUGCACUUGCCUCUCUUGUUGUUUAGCAAGUAUUGUGCAACAACUGCAGCAUUGUUCCUGGAAAAAUGAAUGUUGACUUCAUGAGCUACAAGGAAAACUAUUUGAGACUGCAAUUGGAAAUCUGUUUAUCAUUCUAAGAAAAGUUGUCAGACUUAAUAAGCCUUUUCAAUUCAGUUGUAAUGUCCUCUGGUUGUGAUUGGUUGAAUGAAAUCAGAAUUUUGUUGUAUUAAAACACAUGUAGUGUAUUAUAAAGCACACAUUUAAUUUGUUUCCAGUUGUAAUGUUAUAACUGUAAAACUAUAUUAAAAAUUUUGGUUUUCAUACGACCAGAAAUAAAAAAAAUAUAUGUAUUUUUAAUAUUUGUAAAAAUGUUGUUCAAGUUUUGAUGAAUCGUACAAGCUCUGUCUCUGUUUAUUUUGCACUUGUAUAAAAAUGAAUAUAGUUGUGAUGGACUCAAUUAAAUAUGUAAAUUGUU